AUGGGGGUCAUCAGCCUCAACCGUUUCUUCAAGAUUGUGCAGCCCGGUGGGAAACUGCUCGGCCAAAGUGCCGUCUUUGGCAAAGUGGUCUCUUCAGUCGUGUGGGUAGUGCUACUCAGCAUAACCAUGAUACCAACCAUGGCACUCACCAGUGAGAAGCCAACCAAUGACACUGCAGAGCUGUGCAUGGCCAUGAAGAGUGACUUGGGGAAGGAGUACCAUCAUGGGGUUAGCAUUUUCUGCAACUGGAUUUUCUUUGUCGUGUUAAUCGUCAUUGGACUCUGCUACACGUGCAUUGCAAAGAGGGUCAUUGAGUCAUACAGAAACUCAGGGAGCAAGAACCUCCAGGGGAAACGAAAGAUCAAAGCUCGGGUGUUUAUCGUUCUGGCGGUGUUCCUGGUCUGCUUCGCCCCCUACCACAUCACACGCAUCCUUUAUGCCCCCACACAAGGGAAGAAUACGUAUAGCUGCAACUGGGCUUCACUGAAGGGGGCUAAGGGCAUCACUCUGUGGCUUGCCACCACCAACGUCUGUCUGGACCCCCUCAUCUACAUUUUACUGUGCAAAGCUUUCCGGGAGAAACUGUAUGAGUUCAAGAUAUCUCCCAACGUCGUCUUCCAGGCAGCGCUGGCAUGA